AUGUCAAUGAGAGGAAUCGGAGGGCCACUUCUAUGCAUCGGAGAUCUCCUGAACGACGUCGGAGAAGAACAACAAGGAGACUCUCUCCGUCGCGAAGCCUCUCCCACUCCCUCCUCGUCCCAGCUCAACGAUAACUAUCCACCUCCUGACCUCACCAAACUCUUCCAGGAACAUUACGAUCACUUGAAUUCGGCUCUCUCUGGCACCGACCACUCUUGGACUUCUCUCACCUUGAAGUUAUGCGCUGCUCUAGAAACUGCUAAUCAGCUGGUUCAGUCAACCAACUCAAAUGUUGCAUCCUUGUCUGAGAGGGUUGAGGAGCUUCAGAAAAUUGUUAAGAGAGGGGAUUCUGCUAUAGCAGCAGCGAAGGCCCUUUAUUAUGUUACCCCUGACAAUCACAGUAGUGUCUCAAAGUGA